UUUUAGUGACUUUCGCCCGCGCGUACAAUAUCACCAAAUUUUUCCCUAGAUGUAACUAGGGUCUGGCCUGUUUCGCUGACGGUUAUUGGCCGAUGCGUUUUGACGUCCGACUCUAACCAUCGAAAAUGUCUGCCGAUACACCUGCGGAUAUUUUAUCGCAGCCAAGGAACGGUCUGACGUCGAAAUGGGACAUGCUGUUUGAGAAAAACCCCAAAGAAUGGAUGGCGUUCAAGCCGGCGUUGGGUCUUCAAGUGUACCCCUGUUACUCUUGCCGUCACAUGUUCCACUCGAAGAAGUCGUUUCAGUAUCAUAUGAAUCGGCGGGCCGUCGUCCUCCGUUACAAAUGUCCCGGCUGCUCGGGUCAAGACCUAACCUUCUACAAUCGAUGCGCCCUGCUCGUGCACACGAGGAAACAUUACAACUUGCACGAGGGCUCGCUAGAUUUGAACAAUUUAGAGGUGGAGAUGUUGCCUUUAGGUCUGGCCGGGUUUACGAAGUGCUCCGACAUCCCCUAUCUGUUUGACGUGGAUGAAGAAUAUAUAACUAAUGGACAGUUCUUGAAUUCGUUGUUUUACGCCCCCGCGGACGGUGACCGCGGCAAAAGCGUCGUCGGGCUGACGCCCACCAAUCUGGUAAUCAACAAGACGGGCCCCGACGGCGAGGUUCAAGCUUUGUCUUUGUUGCAAGUGGCGAGAAACAUCCCCAAAUGCGAAUUCGUCACCGUCGACCACCUGAACAGGUUAAGGAGGCAUGUGGUCGUGUCCGACGAGGAGGUCGAGGUGAAAACGGAAGACGAGGAACUGGAACACGAGUUCAAUUCAAAUAUGAUUCUGCCCGUGAUCACGAAAAUUGAGACCGUGGAAGAAUCGGCGUCCGAUUCGCCGGAAACAGCCCUGUACAAAUGCCCCGAGUGUUUUCGAGAGCAGAACGAGCCGCUUCUCGACCAUUUUCUCGGAGAAAAUCGACCGAUGGACGAGAAAUUAAAGUGCGAGGUGUGUCGGCUGAUUUGCACCUCGCCGUGCUCUUAUUCGGCCCAUUUGAGGAUCCACGAUCAGAUCCCACCCUAUGUGUGCCCCGACUGCGGCCAAGAGUUCCCGGAAUUUAAUACGCUGCAUGACCACAUGGACGACACCUGUUUUCAUCUGUCCAAGAGCCUCAGGUACCGCUGCCCGGGUAGAAAAUGCGGCAAGCUGUUCGCUACGAUGCAAACGUACUCCCAACACUUCAACACGCACAUGAAGAACCUGUUCCAGUGCGGCGGUUGCCACGCCCUAUCGACUAGCGCGGCCGAAGCGCAAGAACACGGAAGAACCCACUCGGAAGCCUACGAGGUGUUACCGUGCUACGACUGCUCGAUCUGCGACCUCGGUUCCCACCUAAACCGUGCCGGUUGUCGGAAACACAUCGAGUGGCACAUGAACGACCUCUCCAAAGUGAUGUACAUCUACCUCUGCAAGUACUGCAAGAAGUACUUCCGAUCGACGCAGACCUACGGCACCCACCUCAUCCAAUGUGCGAUCGAGCACAAGGGCGUGCCCAAAAAGACCCGCAUGGGUCACAGUUUCAUGUACUCCAAGUAUUUAUCGGGCGAAUGCAAGAGGUGCCAGAAGCGGAUCAUCUACGCGGCAAACGCGCCGACGAGGUACUGCGGGAGGUGCCUCGCAUUGUUGAGGAAAGGCAACGAGGAGCAGAAGGUGGUGGAAAAGUGUAUAUGCAUCCUGUGCAAGAUGCAUAUGCCAAUAGCCGAUAGGAAAUCCCAUCAGAAGGUGUGCAAAUACGGACGUCCCGAGGUAUUGGUAGAGAGAUUGGAUUUUUCCAAUCUCGACAGCGACGACUCCGCGACGACGACGACGACGACGACGGCGACCCCGGAUACGGCGACGACGACGUCGUCGCCGACCAAGACGAAACGUCGCAAAAUCAGCAAACCGAAAAAACCUGAAGUGGUUUGCGAUUUGACGGCGGAGAAACCCAUAGAGUUUAACGGCAUCUAUCAGUGCAGAUUAUGUUACGUGAAAGACAAGGACAGGGAGAGGUUCCACGCCCACGUCAAGGGCCACCGGCAAGAAUCGACCGCCUAUCAGUGCAUGGAGUGCGGGGAGUGUUUCGUCGUUAGACCUUCGCUGAUUAUACACCUGCUGCACUAUCAUAAUAUAUCCGAGUACGAGCAGUAUUUCGACGAGAACGAUUGUUUCGACAAAAGCGCGGUUAACGAGUUGGCGAAAAAUGUAAAAAUGCCCCAUUAUAUGAAGGGCGAGGUCAACGAGAAUCAGUGCAGGGUGUGCAGGGAUCAGUUCCGGACCAAGGACGAGCACGACAAGCACUUCAGGGUACACGGGAUGGCGUUCUUAUUGAAAAAUUCCGCAGUCGAUUAGCGGCUUUAGUUUUAGUGUAAUACGUUUUUUAUAAUAAAAUA